AUGGCGUUAAGUAUCCAAUUGCCAGAUGCAUCAAGAACAUCCGAGACCAGUAGCUCAGUUUCGCUCGAACUGAGCCUCGAUGGAGGCUUUGCUGUGCCCGAGAACAAUGCGUUUGGCAAUGGAUUCAGGGACUACAACAAGGAGAGCGAAAGGAACUUGUCCGUUGAAGAAUUCUACCGGAAGAAUCACAUUUACCAGACCUAUGAAUUUGCAAAGAAGAAGAGAGAGGAGUAUGGGAAGCUGGACAAGGCGGAGAUGAGCUUAUGGGAGUGCUGCGAGCUGUUGAAUGAGUUCAUCGACGAGAGCGAUCCCGACCUGGAUGAGCCCCAGAUUCAACACCUCCUCCAGAGUGCCGAGGCUAUCCGCCGGGAUUACCCUGACGAAGACUGGUUCCAUCUCACUGCCCUCACCCACGACUUGGGGAAGGUGUUGCUACAUCCGUCGUUUGGCGGGGAGCCUCAGUGGUGUGUGGUUGGUGACACAUUUCCUCUGGGGUGUGCAUUUGAUGAGUCCGUGGUGCACCACCGGUUCUUUAAGGACAACCCGGACUCUAACAAUCCCAAAUACAACACCAAACUUGGUGUCUACUCUGAGAACUGCGGGCUCGACAAUGUCACGAUGUCCUGGGGCCAUGAUGAGUACAUGUACAUGGUGGCUAAAGCGAACAACACUACUCUCCCACCGGCUGCCCUCUUCGUCAUCCGGUUCCAUUCCUUUUAUGCGAUGCAUCGUUCAGGGGCCUACCAGUACCUCAUGAAUGAGGAAGACGAAAAGAUGCUCAAAUGGCUCCAUAUAUUCAACACCAAAUAUGACCUUUACACCAAGAGCAAGGUUCUGAUCGAUGUGGAGAAAGUGAAGCCCUACUACCUCUCUCUCAUUGAGAAGUACUUCCCGGCCAAGCUCAAGUGGUGAAAUAAGUGCAAGGGCUGAUCUGCAGCUUCACAUUCAUGUGGUUGGAAGAUUAAUUGAACAAUGCAUGCUCAAUGGAAGUGUAUGGAUCAGCCGCCCAGAUGAUCAGGAGCUUGUACAUCUUAUUGCUGUUUGUUCGAAUGGUAGCGUUAAUAAAGCUCGAUUGCUAGACAAAAGCAACAUCUGUAAGAUGUAAUAAUGUUUGUGUAGCUAAUGAGAUUAUUUCACCAUAAA